AUGUCACUGAAGACCCUGGAGCGGCUCCCCUCGCCGCGUCUUCCACAGCACUGAAGGACCCCCCGCCGCCGAAAUGCUGCUGAAGGCCCUGGAGCGGCUCCCCCCGCUGCCAAAAUGCUGCCUAAGGCCCUGGAGAGGACCGCCCCCUGCCAAAAUGCCGCCGGAGCAGACCGCUGCCAGAUGCUUGGCAUGAGCACGACAUACAUUGGCACGGAUGCCCCUUGGCGCCAUCGUGUGGUCACGAUAAGUUAUACGCUGACAUAGCACGCUUGCCACCCAGCCCUUUGACUGCAUGUGAGAAAUGGCAAAUGCCGAAGUGAGCGUCCCUGUGGGGGAUGUGGUGGUUGUACCAAGCGAAGGAAAUGAAGGGGAGAACCCGGAAGAUACCAAAACCCAAGUGAUACUACAGCUACAGCCAGUGCAACAGGGUUUGUUUAUCGAUGGACACUUUUACAACAGGAUUUACGAAGAGGGCUCUGAGACCAGUGCCGCUGUGGUGGCUGUAGAAACACAUACCAUACACAAACUAGAAGAAGGGAUUGACCCCAGCACCAUUGAAACCAAUGAGGAAAUUGAGAUUGCCUACCCCAUCACCUGUGGGGAGAGCAAAGCCAUCCUCCUCUGGAAGAAGUUUGUCUGUCCAGGAAUUAAUGUCAAGUGCGUCAAGUUUAAUGACCAGUUAAUCAGCCCUAAGCACUUUGUUCACUUGGCUGGCAAGUCUACCCUGAAGGACUGGAAGAGAGCCAUUCGCCUUGGAGGAAUCAUGUUGAGGAAGAUGAUGGACUCUGGGCAAAUUGACUUCUACCAGCACGACAAGGUUUGCACCAACACCUGUCGAAGCACCAAAUUUGAUCUCCUGAUCAGCAGUGCCAGAGCACCAGUGCCGGGGCAACAGACAAGUGUGGUGCAGACGCCCACAUCAGCUGAUGGGAGCAUCACCCAAAUCUCAUUGUCUGAGGAGAGCAUGGAGGAGGGGAUUGAAUGGAACUCUGCUCUGACGGCUGCUGUCACCAUGGCCACUGAGGAGGGCAUCAAGAAGGACACAGAGGAGAUUUCGGAGGACACGCUGAUGUUCUGGAAAGGAAUAGCUGACGUGGGGUUGAUGGAAGAGGUCGUCUGCAAUAUCCAGAAAGAGAUAGAAGAGGUGCUGAAAGGUGUCCAGCAGCGGCUCGGCCAAUCUCCCUUCCAGAUCACAGAUGCUGCAGUCCUGAAUAAUGUGGCCCACACUUUUGGCCUGAUGGACACAGUCAAGAAAGUUUUGGACAACAGGAAAAGCCAAACAGAGCAGGGAGAAGAGCAGUUUCUUUAUACUUUAGCAGACCUGGAACGCCAGCUGGAGGAGCAGAAGAAGCUCGCCAGGGAUCAGAAGAUGAAGUCUCAGACGAUCCAGAACGUGGUGCUGAUGCCAGUCAGUGCUCCGAAACCCCCUAAGAGACCUCGCCUGCAGCGCCCCGCCUCAGCCACAGUCUUGAGUCCCUCCACCCCUGUCCAGCAGCCUCAGUUCACAGUCAUCUCCCCCAUUGCCAUCGCACCUAUGGGACAGCAAUUUUCAGUGGGCAACAUUCCGGUGGCAACCAUCAGCCAGGGAUCCAGCCCAGUGACUCUCCACACCUUGCCAUCCUCACAGCUCUUCCGAUAUGCCACCGUGGUGUCUUCCUCCAAGUCCAGUUCAUCUGACACUGUAACCCUUCAUCCGUCCUCGAGCUUGGCCCUGCUGAGCUCAGCUGCUAUGCAGGACAGCGGUGGGUUGGCUAACGUGGCCACCGUGGUGAACCCUGUGGAACUGGUGGCCAUGGAGUCUGGCCUGACCUCUACCAUCCAAGCUGUAGAGGGCACCUCAGAAGAUGGACAGACCAUCAUAGAGAUAGACCCGGCACCAGAUCCUGAAGCAGAGACUGAGGAAUCAGAGGGCAAAGCUGUGAUUUUGGAAACUGAGCUGAGGACAGAGGAGAAAGUGAUGGCAGAUGUUGAGGACCAUCAGCACCAGGUGCACAAUGUAGAGAUUGUUGUCUUGGAGGAUUAGCAAGGAAGGCAAAUCUCAUUGGUGGGAUGGGUUGUUUUUUGUUUUGGUUUUGGUUAAACUUUUUUAUUUUGACAGUCAUCCCGUUUGUUGCCAUGGAUCUUUUUCAUUUUUACAGUCCAAAAACGGGAAAAGCUGGAGAAACAUGGAGAGGCCCAAGAAAAGGCUCCAUCUCCAUGGAGUGAUGGACAAAAUCAGCCGUUUCUGCAGGGAGGAAGGAGGAGUGAUUCUGCAGACCAGAAAGGGAGAGCACCUUUCCUUCCUGAGAGUGCACAGUGAUACAGUCCAUAUUCUCGUUUUUGCCCAGGCUAGGACUAUUUUAUUUGAGAGAGACUCUCUGGCCAGUAACUGGAGCAUUGAUCUUACUGCUGGAAGGGGUUGAUUAUUGCUUUGGGGGAAACAGGUACCUCAUUUUUAUUUUUUUCCCAGGGAAGGGAAUUCUGUCCAACUCCUCAUUAUCAACUAUGCUGGUAUUUUGCUUUUGGCAAGGAAGCAGCAACCCUGACUGUAGUGUUCAUUGUCCCCUUUCCCACACCCUGUGGUUUUUUUUGUUUGUUUUGUUUUUUUGCUUUGCUCUCCCUUCCCCUUUCCUGAUCUGCUGGCUGCUAAAGUGCUUAAGGGUUCUGUCACCCAAAUCCUGCUUCUUCCCUUCCUGGCCUUCUCCCUCCCAGGCCUUGUAAGUUUCUUUGCUGCAGGAUACUGUUACAAGACACUGCUCGCUUAAGCCUGGUGCGUAAAGGAGAAGAAUCAACCCACUGGUAAAAACACAGCCCUCCCUUUAGCAUAGCGCUGACCUCCUGGAUGUAUAAAGCGUGUGUUGUGCUGUUGCUUCCUGGGAGAGCUGGACUCCACGGGGCAGGAGCCCCAUCUGUUUAUGCCGCACGCUGGAAACUGUACUUGCUAGUUGCUACAUGUUGGUAUGUGAGUUUUUUCUUUUUUGCCCUUAAUCUAUUUGCAGGAUUAGAAUGGGCAUAUUAUUUUAGCGUUGUGACUGCCUCAGCAUCCCCGCUCCCCCCGCCACUUCUUUAGUGGGGGGGCUCUUUUGUUUCUUUGUGGGGGAGGAAGGGAAGGAGGGAAUCUAUUUUUAGUUCAACUGUUGAAUUGUGGGGAAUUGGGAGGGCUGGGGGAAAUCUGCUUGGCUGAAAUAUAUUAAGCAAAACAGUAACAACAGAAAUAGACCCGGGGCGGGGGGAGGAGGAGGAGGUGUGUAGUUAUUUUAUUUUAUUUUUUAAUUUUUUUUUCAUUAAAAGGAAAAAUCUAAAUGCAUCUAGAUUAUUAAUGGGAAGGACUACCGUGAAUUUUGUUAUUUGUAUUUUAAUAGCACCUCAAUCCAGAUUGCCCUGUUUUGCCAGGCAUUGCACCUGCACAUAGGAAAUAGUCCAUGAAUAUAGCACUUGCACUGUAAACAAAGGAAGAGAGAAAGGAAAUAUUAUUUAUUAGAGACAGACAUUAAAGGCCUGAUUUUCCA